GGCGGCUCGUGGGGCGGUCUCGCUCCUCGGGGUUGGGCUUCUCCCGGGGGCUCCCGGAGCCCGAUGGGCCCGGCGCUGAUGGAGCAGCCCCCAGAUAUCCAACGGGGUCCGGCUGGAAAUGCCGUCCUGCGGCAGCGGGGGGAGGGCGGCUGUUCCCAGACCCUCAGCCUGCCUGGCAGUGCCCAGCUCCCGUCGUAGAGCAGCAGGGCUGGAAGGGACCUCCACAGGCCCCCUGCCUGAGGCAGGGUCACUCCUCUCCCAGCUCUCCCCUACAAACUGUCACCUAAACUCUUCCUAAGAUGGCCAUCAACCUGGGCAUGACAGAGACCUAACACAGCUCCUGCAGGAAGAGCAGACCCUUCUCUAACGACCGGAUAAAAUCCUCAGUCGUGUAAGAGUGAUGUAGCCGUGAUGGUCCAGAAAUUACGUGAGAGGCAAGGGUUUAUGCCAACUACACGGCUGAUCCGAGAAAGUCCUCCUGAGACAACUAACGGCGACUGUUUUUACCCGGUUCAGCUUUUGGCAGGGACUCUGAAGUUAUUCGCUUGGGUAUGGAGAAUCCAGACAACAGGACUGAGAUUGUGCUGGUAGCCUGUGGUUCCUUCAAUCCAAUCACCAACAUGCACCUAAGGUUAUUUGAACUGGCUAAAGACUAUUUGCAGGAAACAGGAAAAUACAAGGUAAUCAAAGGAAUCAUUUCACCAGUCAGUGAUGCAUAUCGAAAGAAAGGUCUGAUCAGUGCCAGUCACCGGGUAACCAUGGCAAAACUAGCUACGCAAAGCUCAGACUGGGUAGAAGUUGAUGACUGGGAAAGCUGCCAGAAUGAGUGGUCGGAGACACUCAAAGUCUUAAGGUACCAUCAUCAGAAAUGUAUGUCUUCUAAUCCUACUAACAGCCCACAGAGGACUGCCCCUCUUACAAAGCCAGGACGAAAGAGAAAAAGGGAAGGAAAUAGUCAUGUUCCCAUUAAAAAGAAUCAACAAAACCCAGGAACAAAGAGUGUCCCGCAGAUUAAGCUACUCUGUGGCAGUGACAUAGUAGAAUCCUUUGGAGUGCCCAACCUAUGGAAAUCGGAAGACAUCACUGAAAUUGUGGCAGACUAUGGCCUUGUGUGCAUCAACAGACCUGGAUACAACAUCCAGAAAUUUAUCUAUGAGUCGGACAUACUGUGGGAACACAGGAAUAACAUUCACUUGGUGGACGAGUGGAUCACCAAUGAUAUCUCCUCUACCAAGAUCCGCAGAGCACUACGGAGACACCUGAGUAUCAGGUAUUUGGUACCUGAUGCAGUUCAGGCUUACAUUGAAAAGCAUGAUCUAUAUAGUCCAGGGAGCGAAGACAAGAAUGCUGAGGAAAUUCUGGCUCCUUUACAGAAACAUGCAAGUUCAAAGCAGUAGCAGACUUGUAAUCAGUCCUUCUUUCUUUAUGCUGUAAAAAUGGAAAGAUGUUUGAACUUUUCUAGUGAAUCUGCAUGCAACUGCCAUGGAAUUUAGCUGGAGUUUUGGGUUCACAAGGAUUCAAAAGUGCACAAGGUUUGGGCCUCCACCAUUUAGGAGCUUGAUUUCCUUCAAUGUCUUCCACCUUAUUGUUGUCAUUUACCGUUGUUCAGAGUGAGAAUAAAUUGGGUGCACUUUGCCAACCUACAAAUGGCAACAAAAGAGGCAAGGCAGUGGAAAAUCACAGCAAAGCUUACACUUUUACAUUUAAGUUUAGUAAAAUCUACUGUUACAUAUCUUUAUGGAUUUUUUUUCUAAAUUCAGCAAAAAAAUGUUUACAUGUAUGCGCGCACACACAUUUAAAUAUUUUCACAAAGGGAUGUGAAUAAAGCAUGACAAUAAGCUCUGGUGCAUGAGAACCUGGAAGUGAAAUUGCCUGGAAAUGGAUUAAACCAAUCUGUUUAUUUUCCCAGUUCAGAGAGAGUAAUAACAACUUAAAUAAUUUACAGUAUUGUCAAAACAUCAUGAAACAUGAUUUCCGGAGAAAACCGCAGUUGCCUGAGAAAAAUAAAAGUUGCAGCUGCAGACUGUAACCCCUUGGAUCCAAGAUAAACCUGCUGUAACCCAGGAAGUUUUAGCCUGGCUCCAACCUGGGGUAACAUCCUGGGGCAAGUUAGUUUCUUCUCAGGACAGCUGUUGGUUUGCAUCUACCUGCUCUGAAGAAGUUACCUCCAAGCUUUUGGCUUGAGGGUCUCUGUCUUGGAGUGGCUAUGGGAGUAGCGUUAGAGCCCAACGAAAGCAAAAUCAUUUCAAGGCAGUUACCCUCCAGCUGUCUUGUGCUUUAUUUGAAAGCUUGGGAAUGUUUUAAAAAAACUGUUACAUUUCCUUUCUUAUCAGUGAUAUAGAGUAAUUCGCAUACACCAAAAUCCGGAGCAUAAAAUCUUACUCAUUUCAAAUACUUUAUUGUUCCUACAGUAUUAUGUCAUAAAACAAAGAACAAUGAGAAGGAUUGAAAGCCACUUGCUAAAAAAAAAUGUACAUUGUAGCACCAGCAGCACUGUCACAGCUGAAUGGUUUCAACAAGAAGGGGUAGCAUGAGAUGGGCCUCCAGCUAUAUACAAAAGCAGUGAAUAACUUCAUUCCUUUGUUUCCCCCUAGAGGCCUUAGUAUUUGAGAUACGUUUAGUGCUAAUCAGGAGCAGGAAAUGGUAUCAUAAUUGCCUUACUUUAAGCUCAACACUGUUUCUCAUGAAGAGACAGACCUAUUAAAGAAUCUCAGUCCAGCCACUGCUUUAAUGAGUAAAGGUUAAGAAUGGCGGUAUUGCACUGAUGUACUGUAAAUGACUGCUUUUUUUCAAAGGAUGAAUAAGAUUUGAUUUCUGUACCCAGCCGGAAUUGCUUUUUGUAAGUGGAAAUGAGGAGGAAAGAACAGGAUUUCAAUGUUAACUAAAUAUGUAAGUUUUUAUUUACUAAAAAUUGGUUUCUGAAGUCACCAAAAAGCAAAACAAAGUAAUCUAGGUGACUAUUUUAGUGAGAGCUAGAACGCACUGUAAAGCUUGAAAAUACUAGUGAAUUCUGUUUCCUCUUUUCCAUCACUCUCCACUGUCUGGGUGAAUUAAGUGCCUUACCAAGAGUUCUGGGACUUACUGAACUACUAUGUUAAUAGAAUAAGGAUGCUGUUGACCUGUUUUCUCUCCAACAGUGCUCUAAGGUGAACAGUGAAUGGCCUCUCCAAAUGGACAUACACAUGGUGGAAUUCUUUUGUGUUUUAAAACCUCUUUUGGUUCCUGCCCAUCGCUAACCUAGGAGCAUCUGUAAGAUUGUUUUUUUUAAUAUGGCAAGAUGAGAUUAAACUAACUCUAAGUGCAUUUCUAAUUCUGCAAAGUGGCAAAAAUGGUGUCAGGUAUUUGUUCUCGGUGAUUUUCAGAUCAAAUGUAUUCAGUUCACAACAGGUACAGCUAUGCAAAUCCCUACUGGGUUUUGAAAGACAACAGCUUGUGCAUCAUCAGCUAUCGUAGGCCAAGUUAUGCUUCAGUGUUGACUCAGCAAUCCCAUAUCUUUAACUGUUUGGACCUUGGUAAACAGUUUUAUUGAUGUUGCAUAGGAAGGGAAAAAAAAUCCAUCUUCUACUUUAAAGCUCUCUCUCUUUCUCUUCCUUCUCCCUGCCCCCUGGUACAUUGAUUUUGCCAAAUUGACAAAAAGGAGUCAAGAUUUAGUUCUAAUAAAUAAAUAAAGUUAGCUAAUGUACCUGUGAAUACACAGACGAGUAGACCUCUUAAGCAAGUUCACAGACAACAAAACUGGGAAAGAUUAUAAAGACAUUGGAGGAUGCAAGCGCAAUUCAGAAGCAUCUCAAGAGAUUGGAAAGUUGGGCUAGAGCUAACAAGAUGAAGUUCAAUGCAGACAAAUGCAAGGUGCUACACCUUGGGAGGAAUAAUCAAAAAUACAAAUACAAUAUGUGUGACAGCUGGCUGGACGGCAGUUCUGUGGAAAACAAACUGGGAGUCUUGGUAGAUCAUACACUCUAUACGAGUCUGCAUCAACAGAAGCAGGUGUAAGACACAGGAGGUAAUAGUGCCUCUCUACUUGGAACUGGUUAGCCCUCAUUUGGAGUACUGUGUGAAGUUCUGGGCUCCACAUUUUAAAAAGGAUGUGGAGAAGUUAGAGAAGGUCCAGAGACAGGCAACAGGGAAAGCACCGUUUCUCUCUUGCUGCAGAGAGGAGGACAUGAACUUGAAGUUGCAGCAAAGCAAAUUUAAAUUAAAUAUCUGGAGAAACUUCUCCACUGUUAGAACAGUGAAGUAGUGGAAAAGACUGCCUAGGAAAACUGUGGACUCUCCAUCACUGGCGCUGUUCAAGAAGAGGUUGGUCGGGGUGAUCUAGGUGUAGCUAUUCCUAUUUUCUACCAUGGGUUUUUCCCAUGCUUCUGGGCUUUGCUGGUUGCCCCUCCCCUCCCCUCCCCUCCCCUUUUUCUAUUAUAUGUGUUAGGUUGUUUCUAAGCCUUCUCAGAGGCAUUGGGUGUUGGCUACAUCAGCUGGGGUGUGCUGAUGAUUCUGCUGGGAGCAAAACCAGAGGUUCCUGGCUAGAGGGUUUUGCCCCUUCAUUCAGGGUCAGGCUGAUCACCAUAUUUGGGGUCAGGAAUUUUAUCCCAUGGUCAAAUUGGUAUGGGCUAUGGUGGAGGCGGGGUGGGGGUUGCCUUCUUCUGUAGAGGGGCGGGGGGAGCAUGGCUUUCUACCCAGGACCUCUUGAGUGUAUAUUGACAACAUUUUAUAGAAAUAGAAUAUUGGCUGUCUUGGUUUCCCUGCUUUACCUGUGGAAAGUUAGGGUGCUAGGUCUAUGUUGUGUCAGGGUUGAUGGUAAUCUUAUGUAGAGUUUAGAUUAUGGUUGUAUAGGAUCAGGGUGGAUUUGAUUUAAAUCAAAUAGAUUCAAACCGUGAUUUAAAUCACUGGUCAGGAAGCUCUGAUUUAAUCAUUGUUUUCUACAAAAAGUGCAUUCUUGUAGUUUGAUAUAACCUUCAUUAAAAUAUUCCCACACAGGUCUCUCUUUUACAACCUGGCAAGCCUGCUACCAUGAUAGGUUUUCCCUUCUAACAUAUUAUUCCCUCGCUAGAUCUCAGAAACUUAUCCCUCAAAACUUCUGAAUAUUCUGCACCAAAUGUUUCUUUUUUGUUUAUAUUGUCCCUCCCCCACUUGCAUUUGUCUCCAGACUCUUCCUCCUUGCCCAGAUCUAUUCUACUCCCAACAAUCCUCUAUUUAACUUCUUGAAACUGUGCUUUUACCAAGAGGUAAGGGCUCGACUCUGUUUACACAAACUUGCAAAGAGAGAAUAGGGCUGAUGAGUAGGUAAUCAGGUCUGUUAUCUCUCAUCUCCAUAUACUGCUGUUACCAAGGAUGUUAUCUCUGGCGACAACAAUGCACAGUUUGAGAACUGAAACUAAACAUCACAGAGAUGCUUAAUGGGAUCUUCUAGACUGAGCACUGAGUCCCAUUGAGUAGAGUAAUUUUCUUUAAUCUUUACUAAUCUAUAGAGGAGCCUCUGGGAACUAUAAGUUUGGGCCCCUAAUAUAUUCCAUGGUACGUCAUGACCUAUUUAUAAAACUUUUCUAAAAAGUUUACAUGAAUAUAUUGUCUGAAAUAGUAUAUAAUUAGAAGUUAUAAUCCCUAUCCCAUGGUGAUAUCUUUGAGCUCUAACGUAUCCUAAAUUAAAACUAUAUAUAGGUUUAUUUUUUUAAAAGCAUCUAAAUAAAAAUAAAAAUACGAUUAAAACAAAAAAAUUGGAAUUGAAUAAAAAAUAUAGUUUUAAAAUAAUUGAUUGAUUGUUAUCCACCCUGUAUGGGAUGGUUUGGAUAGGGAUGAUCCUGCCUCAGGCAGGGGGUUGGACUAGCUAACCUCUGGAGGUCCCUUCCAGCCCUACUUCUCUAUGACUGUAUGACUCUUUUCAGUAAAAGAAUACCAUGUUUGGUUAGCCACUUUUCGGAGUACAACGGCACUGGAAAUCUCAGCUUUACCCUUGCAAAUCACGGUGCUGGUGUAUUUUGCUGCAUUUUGUGUAACCGUAGAGAAAAAUGUACCAAACAGGAUAACCUAUAAUAUUAGGACAUAAACAAGUUAUGUUUUGCUAGCUUUUCAGACAGUUGUGUGUAACAAGCCUUUUAAUAAAGUGACUUUUGUGUGAUAA